CAGCUUUCCGAGCAGGUGCCAGCAGGUGUCCGCGGAGAGUCCAGCAGAGUCCGGCAGAGUCCAGCUCCACCAUGAGCUCCUUCGAUCCUUCAGGGCCGUCGCCCCCAAGGGGAAACCCGCAGUUCCCCAGCAUCGGCCAGGAGCCUCCGGAGGUGAACGUGUACUAUGAGAACGUCUUCCACCCACAGGGCCUGCCGGCCCCUCAGCGGAACCCCUCCUUCGAGGCGGGCAGUGAGUACGGGGCCACGGGGGCCACCGGGGCCACAGCUAACCCCUACGUCUGGUUCAACGGGCAGUCUAUGGCCCCGCAGCCCUAUGUGCCGAAUCCCAGCCCCGGCCCCUACAUGCCACAGGCCUAUGGGGUGCAGAGGCAGAUGCUUCCCGGUAUGCCCGGCAUGGGGGGUGGCGAGGUGGGCUGGAUGCCCAUGCCGUCCCAGGAGGAGCUGAUGAAGCUGGUGCGGCCCCCGUAUUCCUAUUCGGCCCUCAUUGCCAUGGCUAUUCACGGUGCUCCGGAGAAGCGCCUCACUCUCAGCCAGAUCUACCAGUACGUGGCCGACAACUUCCCUUUCUACAACAAGAGCAAGGCGGGCUGGCAGAACUCCAUCCGCCACAACCUGUCUCUCAACGACUGCUUCAAGAAGGUGCCCCGUGACGAGGACGACCCAGGCAAAGGGAACUACUGGACCCUGGACCCCAACUGCGAGAAGAUGUUCGACAACGGGAACUUCCGCAGGAAGAGGAAGAGGAAGGCGGAUGCCUCCUCUGCCGCGAGCUCCCCGGCCCCGGAGAAGAUGAAGGGCAGUCCCCUGGCGGCCAGCGCCAAGGCCGCCACCCCGCCGGGCGUCGCCAGCUCCCCGAAGCAGCAGCUGGCCGUGGCCCCGCCCAGCACCCCCUGCCUCAACAGCUUCUUCUCCUCUAUGACCACCCAUGUGAAUGGGCCGGGCCCCGUGAGCCGCCCGGUGGUGGCCCCAGGCCUGAGCCCCGAGUCUGCCGACAAGAUGGGGCAGAAUCUGGUGAAUUUCAACACCUAUGCCCCACUCACCAACCUGGGCAGCUACGGGGCCCCCCUCGCCAACCAGGGGGUGGGAGCUGAGUGGGCCAACCCCAUGCCCGCUAACACUCUGGGCUACGGAGGUGCUGUGGUCAGCCAGGUCGGCCCUCCUUUCUAUGGCAGUGACGACACCAACAACGUCUUCUACCCCGCGGAGGGCACCGGCAUUUAAAACGGAGCCCUCCAAAGCCAGAGGGGCAUGCUGAGGCCCUGCUGGCCAGCACCCCUGUUGUCCAUACCUCUCAACUGACCCGACAGACACAGGAUGCUCAGAGUUCUCUAUCCUGUUUCUAGAAGGUCACACUAACCUCUUGUUUGUCCUAUAUACCUGAGCACAUUCCUGCCAACUUUGCAAUGGAAGUGCUGGUGCUGGGUUAACAGUAACUGUGGCGGCCAUUCGUUGAGUACCUACUGUGUGCUGGGAGCCUGAGCAAGCUCUUUGAAGGCAUGGCCACACUUACUAUGUACAGUUACCUUAUGGGGUUCAUAUGAACUUCCUCCUUUAAUAGAUAAGAAAACUGGGGUUUUAGAAAGUUAAGUAACUCUCCCGGGGUCACACAAACCAGGAAGGGGCAGAGCUAGGGGUACCUCCACUGCCCCCUGGUCAUCCCGCAAAGCUUAGCCCCAGUCCUGGGCACAGCUGGUCCGUUUCCAAGUUAUUCUGUGGCCCCCACCUUCUCUGCAGACCCUCCCGUUGCUGGGAGGGAAAGUGAAGCUGUGCCCCCACAGGACGGUGUGUCCAGCCCAUCCCCACAGAGGGGCAUUGCUUACCCAGCCCCGGAGCGGCGCACCCCGAGUCCCCCACCCCAGGGCUACCCACCUGCAAGCCCUUGUGUAGAACAACUUCUCGGGUGCAUGUCAUGGGCCAGUGAGCGAGAGGUGGCCGAGUCUUCCAAGAGAAACAGGGCCGAACAGGCACUUCUGCUUUCCUAGCCCGGGAGAGGUGACUGCCUGGGAGACGGGACCACCACCUGCACCCGCCGCCCGGGGGUCUGGGGGGGAUUUUUCUUGCUUUUUAUUGUAUUUUUGCAUGCCUGAUCUCUUGUCAUAACAUACCUUGGGAAA